AUACAUUCCUCAUAACCCACGGCAAUCAUCACUUGCACCUUCACAUAAAAUAUAUACACAUUCUCAUCACUCCUUCCUCUAUAAUUUCCUCCAAAAGCAGAAUACAAACUCUAACAAACACUUCACCUUUCAACUAUGAGAAUCAAAAGUUUCUCCUUUUGGCUCUUUGCCUUUGGUAUUGCUCUAUUUUCCAUUACAAUUUCUUUCUAUGCAAUUCCUCCUUCCCCUUUUUCAGCAAGCGUACCUCUAACUAUUCAAAAUAGUUUUCAACUUCACAUUCUUAAAAGGGUAUUUGAGAGAACUGGCCUAGAGGAUACCUUGGCGAGGAUCUUGUCUAGACACCACCAUCACCACCACCGGAGGAAGGUCAAAUGUGAUCAGAAAAGGCUUAUAUACCGUUUCAGAAAGCUUAUAUGCCAACAUAAAGUUUCUACUUCUAGUAUAUUGACAGUAGACUUGAAAGGUUGUGGGAAUUUUAGCAGUGUUCAAAAGGCUAUAGAUGCUGUUCCAGAGUUCAAAUCCUCUCCAACUCUUAUCAUAAUCGAUUCUGGUACUUACAGGGAGAAGGUGAUAGUUCAUACUAACAAAACAAACUUAAUAAUUCAAGGACAAGGUUAUCUCAACACUGCCAUAGAAUGGAAUGACACUGCAAACUCAACUGGAAGAACUGUCUACAGUGCUUCAGUUGCCAUUUUUGCACUUAACUUCACAGCUUACAAUAUUAGCUUUAAGAAUGCAGCUCCUAAUCCAUCUCCAGGAGUAGUGGGAGGUCAGGCAGUGGCACUUAGAGUAGCAGCUGAUCAAGCAGCCUUUUAUUGGUGUGGAUUUUAUGGAGCUCAAGACACUCUUCAUGAUGAUCAUGGAAGGCAUUAUUUUAAAGAAUGCUUCAUUCAAGGAUCUAUCGAUUUCAUUUUUGGAAAUGCUAGGUCACUUUUUGAGGGAUGCACAAUCAGUUCCACAGCAAAACCUCCAAAAGCAGGAGUAAGUGGAGCAAUUACAGCUCAAGCAAGGGAAUCCAUUAUUGAAGAAACUGGAUUUUCCUUUGUGGGUUGUAGAAUUGAUGGAAGUGGGAAAGUUUGGCUUGGAAGAGCUUGGGGUGCUUAUGCUACUGUUGUUUUUUCUAAAACUUACAUGUCCAAUGUUGUUUCUCCAGAUGCUUGGAAUGAUUGGAGUGACCCUUCUAGAGACCAGACAGUGUUCUUUGGAGAGUAUGAGUGUUAUGGACCUGGAGCAAACUAUACACAUAGAGUAUCAUAUGGGAAGCAAUUAACUCAUUAUGAAGCAGCUCCUUACAUGGACAUUUCUUUCAUAGAUGGAUAUACGUGGCUUCAUCCAGACCUUAUAUCCACCUUUCUUGAUAAUGAUAUACACCAAGAAUUUAUAUGAAGAAAUCAAUUUACUCAAUAAUAUAGGUAUGUAAUAAUUUAAUUAGAGUGAGGGAGAUAGAAGUCAUUUUCAUUGUAUAGACACGUGUAUAAUUCAGAGUGAAGCUAGAAAUUUAUAUCCUAUAUCAAGGAUAAAUAAUUGAAGGAUAAAAAUUAAUGUUUAUAUUUUC